AUGGAUUCAGUACUCACGUAUUCGUAUUUGAAGUUGAGGAAAAACUUUGGGAAACAGCCAUUAUUUUGUGAAACUCCUGCCGCAUUAUUGGAUUCUAUAGAUCCUGAUAUAAGUCUACAAAGACAAUAUUGCUUAAGAAAUCCAGUUCAUAAUCAAACACAAACAUCUAUAACUUUAUCAAAGCAAUACGUAAACACUAUACGUGUUACUCUACAAGACCGUGGAGUUAACCAUGCAGAAGGCGGUUGGCCAAAAGAUGUUAAUGUUAAUGACGAGGAAGCGACAGCCCGAUAUCGUAGACGUUUUGAACGAGAUGAUGCGUAUGUGGAUGCUGUACUUUCUGCAAACCCUCAUUUCGAACACUUAAUAAAUCAAAAUAACGCUAUUGAGAUGUACAAUAUGUAUUUCAAGGAAAUGAAACCCCAGAAUCCAGUGGAAAGAUAUUCGGUGAAAGUAAAAAAUGCUUAUAGAGAUUUAUUUCAGCGUCCGGUUGCUUCACUUGCUUGGACCUUCGAACCUAAUUCUAAACUUGUCGUCUCCCAUUGUUAUAAAAAAAUGAUUCUAGGUAAACAACUUAAUAAAAGACUAGAAGGCAAUAUUUGGGACUUAGAAAAUGCGAAUGAACCGUUGGAACAAUUCUUGCCACCAACAGCAUGUUGGCAAAUAGUUUGUUCACCUUCUCAUCCUAAAGUAAUGAUGGGCGGCCUGGAAGAUGGCAGAGUAUGUAUUUUUGAUUUGCGUGAAAAAAUAGAACCAGUUGGGUUCAGCAUGAUGCAUUUAGCCCAUAGGGAUCCCGUUAGUGCCCUCUUAUUCUUACAUAGCAGACUUAAUACUGAAUUCUUUAGUGGUUCUAGUGAUGGAAAAUGUAUGUGGUGGGAUGUAAGAAAUAUAUCUGAGCCUAUAGAUUCACUCAUUAUGUCGAUAAACGCUACUUCUCAAGAAUUUGUAUCUAUGGCCGAUGCAGAAGGUAUAAGUUGUUUGCAAUAUGAUAAAACUUUCCCAACAAAAUUUUUAUGUGGUACUGAGACAGGUUUAGUUAUUAAUGUAAAUCGGAAAGGCAAAACUCAUCAAGAAAUUAUGAGUGCCACUUUCAAUGCUCAUUAUGGUCCAGUGAAAGCCCUUUAUCGUAGUCCUUGCACCACAAAAGUUUUCAUUACAUGUGGAGACUGGACCGUCAAUAUUUGGAGUGAUGAUAUUCAUUGUUCCCCUAUAAUAUGUGGUAAACCACAUAAAAUGCAAAUAUCCGAUGUUUGUUGGUCUCCUCAAAAAAUGUCAGGAUACAUGUCUAUAAGUUAUGAUGGAAAAUUUAGGUACUGGGAUCUAUUAAGACGACACCAUGGCGCUAUUGUCACAAAACCUGUUUCAAAUUAUCCGCUUUUAAAAUUGAAACCAAACAAACAAGGUAAAUUUGUUGCCGUUGGAGAUACUAAGGGAGUUGUGAAUCUUUUAUCACUAUCCGAAAGUCUUGUUAUUUCGGAUAAUAAAGAUAAGACUUUAAUGAACCAAACAUUCGAACGCGAAGGGCGAAGGGAACAUAUACUUGAAACAAGAAUAAAAGAAAUAAGAUUAAAAUUGAGAGAAAUUGAACCAGCACCAGAUUCUGAUAUUGAUUUAAUGGAUGAAAGUGUUAUAAAAAACGCCGAAGAUGAAUUUAAGAGAGUGGUUAGUGAUGAAUUGAAAAGAUCUGGCACAACACAAAUUUCUAGCGGAAAACGUUACCCAAUGCGAAACCGUUAA